AUGCAUGCUCUUCUGGAAGGACGGAUGCAAGAUGCGCAGAUCACAGACAAACCGAUGGCACCUCCGGUGGGUGGCGUAAUCCUUGAUAUAGGACCUGGUCGCGGCUACUGGAUAGAUCUCUACGACAAGGCGAAGGUACCCAUUGACAAGCCUGGCGCUAGAUCUCAAGGUGUCAGUGGUGGCAUCCAAAAAGUGUAUGGUGUCGAGCCGAACCCCGACUCACACGCUGCACUAUCCAAGAGAGUCCAAGAAAUAGGCCUGGACGGGGUGUACGAGGUCCUUCCAGUGGGGAUAGAAGAAGUCAAUAAAGUCAAGAUCAAUGGUAAAACCAUUGAGAAAGGCAGUGUGGACUGCAUAGUCUCCAUACUCUGCUUAUGCAGCAUACCCGAACCAGAGAAGAACAUCACUGACCUCUAUGGAUAUCUCAAGAAGGGUGGGCGAUGGUAUCUUUACGAGCAUGUUCGAAGUGGUGAUGGUGUGUUCAUGAAGCUAUACCAAGGUACGAAUCGAUGUCAACGAGUAUGA